AAUCAUUUACAGCUCGUUGUAUUUCUGAAACGAUUGAAGAACGAUCAUUUUUACUUGAAUGUCUGCGUUCAGCGAGUCAAAAUAUCUACUGUGUGAAAGUUCAACGGAAAUAGACGAGUGGCAUUGCAUAUUCAAUAUUCGAUUAUAGCAUGUAUGGAUACAUAGUAUAAUAACCGCAGUUCCAUCUAGAUUCUGUCCUCCCAUAGUAGCACCUAGCACUUGGUAGCACCGUUAAUAUGCAUCGUGAGCGAUCGUGAGAUGUUAGGAAGUUGCGUCUGGUUUCGUCCAAAGAGAGCGUAAGUCGGUGUGGGUGUGCAAACUGCUGGCAGGGUAGGACAGACGCACAAGUGAAAGGGCGAUGGCAAGGAGUGGUGAUAUUCAGAUAUUCAGUGAUCUUUAACAAAUGGCUCUGUCCGAGGUGCACAAUUUGACUGCAAUUAUCGGCAACAAUGGUUUUACUGUUAACAAGAACAACGUGGUUGAACGCAACAUCAGCAUAUUGGAGCCACGAAACAAUUAUUCAGUUGACCAAUGUAAUGCAGAAUAUAAUUGGAAGAAUUAUUGGAACUACGACUUAAUGGAAUAUAACGCACAGAAAAAUAUGAAUGUAGAAGAUGAAGAUAGUCAGGAUUUAAACAAUCCUAUGGUCAAUGAUUUGGUCUCAAAAAUUCUCGAUGACGAUUCGAUUGUUGGUGACAAUGCUCAUAGUAACAAUUACAAUGGCAAUAUUCAAUAUCAUUCAGAAACUCAAUCUUCUAUCAUGGAGAACACAGACCUCAAUCUUACUACCUUAGAUCAUUUUAAUAUGCAUCCUACAUUCAACAAAUUACAAAACAGUGUUUCUAAUAAUGCUAAAUUUGAAUGUAAUUAUAAUAAUCUUUGCGGAGAACUGAAAACAUUGAGUCUCAAUACAUGUAUGGGACAAGCACCAGACCAAGGAAAUUUAUAUAAUAAUGGGGUUAAUGCAUAUCUAAAUACAUACCCAUCCGACUCUCAUUCAUACAUAUUACGUCCAAACAAUGAAAAUUCCUGUAUUAGUGGAAAUAUUAUGCCUCUAUGCAAUGAUUUGUUAACAACAACAAAUGAGACAAAUUCGUGUAAGCAAUCUUCUAACUGGUCAGAAAAUUUGUCAACUCCUGGAUGUACAUCAGACUUGUUUGGAAAUUAUGAGCGUAUACGAAAUUGCACGAAUCCAGAUCUUAAUUUUAAUAUGGCUGAUCCAAUAACUCUUAAUGACAUAGAGUAUCACAAUAAUAUUGGAACUGCUAAUACUUAUAAUAAUCCUACAACCACUAUGCACGAAUUGUAUAGUAUGACUGCCAAUAAUCAAAGUUACAGACCAAGUUCAGCAAUGACUGAUUUGAGUAUCGAUUCUGGCUUUCUCUCAAAUUCUCCAUUGCAACAUUUUUCUCCAGCUGAUACAAAUUUGCAUAAUUGUUUUGGAAAUAAUAUACAACGCAGUAGUACCAAUGACUAUAAUGAUUUACAAGAUUCUGGUAGAUUAAAUAUGGCAAAUAUCUCUAUACCAAAUGAAAAAUUUCAAUUUCUGCAGCAACAAGCUCGUAGUUAUAAAUUGGAUCAAGCUGUGGACCAAGAAUAUAAACAAUUAAUUGACUAUUCUGGUGUAAAUGAUUUCACCACGUCGUCGAUCAAUAGCUUAGAUACAAAUGAAAAUUGUCUUUCAAAUAACGAUUAUAGAAUCGAUAACAGUUUAUCGAAAAUUAUCAGUCCAAAAUCAAAGACUAUCGAAACUAAGACAUAUUCACCAAUUGGUUUUCCAAAAAAUCUGAGUUCACGUCAUACUCACCAGUCAAUUGCGAAAUAUGGAUACCACAAUUAUCAACAUUACACUGCCAAUAACGGCGAGACUUUGAAAAUGUUACCACAGAGUUCUACAUCCUAUCAUAAUUUGAAACAGCCUAAUAGUACUAAUGCAUAUAAAAUUGAAGGAUUCGAUCUCACCAAAGAAAUAGCUUUGCCUUCUAUGAGCCAUUUGACCAAUCCAAUUGCAGGGUCUUCAAUGAACAAGGAUACUUUUAAUUAUAUUGUGAAACAACAUCAUAUGCCAAGAAUACAAAAUACUCCUGGCAUUUCAUCAGCUGACGUUCUCUUCAAUUCAGGAAUAGUACCAAAUCCAAGUACAGUAAGAUCUGGAGUAUUCCCGUCGGUGAUGCCAGUUCCUGUACCACUUCCAGCUCCACGUCUAUUUUCUGUACUCUAUGGUGGAGGUUUAAGCCUUAGAAAUGGAAACGGAACAGCUAGACGUACAGCUCCUUCGAGUAUACUACACUUUAGGUUGGAACAAACUUAUGAACAGUUUAAACAACUAGAAAAAGAACGAAAAAAAUGUGAAGCUGGAUUAGCUGCUCAUUUUCCUGGCAAGAGAGUAACAAGUGCAAAUAAUAUACCUAUUCCUCGCCUCCAAGGAAACCCAUCACGUGUAGAUCGUUUAAUUAUUGACUAUUUAAGAGAACAUGCACGUGUCAUAACUUUGAUAGCAAAGAUGGAACGACUGCGAGGGACCACAAUGAAUCAACGCGUACACAAAGCUAUGGAGUAUUGGUUGGAAGCAAUAAAAUUCGUCCAAGAAUGUCGUAAACGAGAAAUUGCAAAUGCUACUAAACGCCAGAAAGAAAAUCCACCAUGCAUCCUUGUAUAUAACGACAAUGAUAUAUUAACUUUGGCUGCCAGCGUCUACGAAUUGACCAAGGCGUCUCGAUAUGCAAGAACUGGUAUGUAUAAUGCAUUGCAAGCUACUCUGCUGUAUGACUUGGACAUAGAGAAAAAAGUCGUUGAAACAUCUAAAGAUCCAGUACUUGUGAUAAAACGUAACGAAAGUGAGGCAGUAACCGAUGUCGGUGACUAUUCGAAUUGUACCUAGCAAAAUGCUGAAAACUGCUUUUUCAUAACGUACGAGAAAACAUAGAUCGAGCCCAGCAGCUUUUUAUUUACGUAUUCCGUGUUACGUUUCUGAAAAGCUUUUGCUGGCAUUUAUCAUAAUUUUAUCGCUAAAACAAAGCAAAAAAUGCCGCCCACUAAUUGCGAAUCUUCAAUGCGUCAUACGAAAAAGUACGCGUACUUACGCCGAAAUAGGAAAUAUCGUACGCGUGUCUACUUUUUACAAGGUAAUAGUGACUCCAUAGUUUUCUACUGUACAUAUUUUUAUCCCUACUAUAGUACAGUCUUGGGAAUGUCAGUUCUGGUAUAUAAUACUUGUGAUCCAAUCAUCUAUCGUAUAUCGCACUUUCAAGUGAUUUUUGCUUGUUCUUCGCUAACAGACUAACGAGAGAAACUCACAGACGUCAACAUUUUAUCUUUGGAUGUGUUGUCUCGCGUGUUUCGCAAUGCCAAAGAUAAUCGUUUAGAAAUGAUCGAGGAUCCGAAACUCGUUGAAACAGAGAGAGAAAAAAAAACGAAGAACAAGAAUUGCUCAGACGUACUAAAAUAAAAACAAAAAAAAUGAAAACGUUUGCAAGAAUCUCCAACCAUAACUUGUUUGCGUAUGUGUCAUAGGCUAGAUAACAUAGACUAAAAUCUUACCAAUAUAUUUGUUCAGAGUGCUAGGCAGUAAUUUCUUAGACUAGUUCAAUGUGGCCUUCCUUAAAUGUGUGACCCAUGAUGUGUGUCAGGUAGUUGAAUAUCUCGAAAACUCAAGACGCGAUAGUAAACUUAAUCGCAGAUCGGGGGGGGGGGAGCUUUUCAAUCUGUGAACUAUGCGCAGCCUUUCGAUCUGAUCGAUAAAUAGAUAAUAUAUAUACAACGCAAAUGAUGUCCACUAUACACUACUCGUAAAUCUUUGUUAAAAGAGAAUUUUCCUAAGGCAUACUCGCUACACGCUCACACGAGAGAGCAUGAUUCAGGCGAGUACGUACAACGUAAGGUAUAGAGAAUUUUUAACGCGUGCGUACGCGAAACACACGUAACUAUUCCUACAAUACUUAUACAUAUAAAAAAUAUAUAUAUAUACGUUCUAGGCAAAUUUGUUAGCUCUACAGUCGACUUGCAACGUUCAGCAAUUCCAAUUAAUCCAUUUUUUGAGUGAGUUCUUUCACACAAUGACUAUAUAACCAGCUCAAGAAUUUUAACGUUCCAACGUGUACGACUGUAUGAAUCCGUUCUUAUUUGUUAUUUUAUGUCGCGAUGAAAUUGCGUAUAGUUUCGCAGAAAACAUCGAGAAUCGUUACGUUCUACGUUUUUUGAAAGGCUCGAGAGCGGUGAUCGUUCCCGUAUUCCUACGAAACUACAGGUAUUCGCACAACGACGACAAGAUACUCCGCAUUAAGUGAAUCUAGCGUCCACCGGUAAUAGGAACAACGAGACAACAUAACUUAGGUGCGACGUUCUAGUUGUCUCAAGGUCUAAUUUUCUUAAUACCUAAGCUGAAUCGAUCGGCCUGUAUUACCAUUAGAAUGCUCGUGAAUCGGUUAUCGGUUGUCGAAUGUUGGUGAAGCUUUAAUAUAAUCAUCUGUGUAUAUAUCCGUCAAACUUCCAUCUAAGCUGCAUCGUACGUAGUAUUUCCCGAGCGAUUAAUCAGGGAAAGGUGUGUUGUUUUCAUUUCUCAAUACUUGUAUAUCAGUCUUAGGCGAGACAUCGCACCGAGGUAUUUAAUUUAGUGUACUAGUAAAUAUUGCGUUACUCGAAUAGAAUUUUCUGAUUGUCUUUGCCGCCGAUCCCCAAGUAUGAACGAGCAUUCCGAAUUCUGGACAACCUUGUCCCUGUAUAGGGACGCGUUUUACAAAAUUGUUAGAGAUUUAUAGAGUUUUAUAUGAAUAUUAUAUUUCUCUCUUACUCGACAUUAAUCCUCGUCGAUUAACGAUCACGCUGUAACUUUAACAUUACUUUUUAGAAAGACGUUAAUCCUUCUCUCUAAAUUCCAUAUAACACUGGAGAAGAAUAAAGUGGUAUUUUUAAUUUCUCAAGAAAAAUUACCGAAGAAAUUUGUAAAGCUAUUUAUUAGAUUAGAUAACAUUUUUGUAUAAGGUACUUCUGGUAAGACACUUAUUCGAAUCUUCUAUAUUCGCUACUUUUAACGGACCUUGUAUUUGUGAGAAGAACUGAAAUGUUACAAUCGAUAUUAUAAAUCAUGAAUAGUGUUAUUAACUUCUGUUUGUUACAAACUCUGUACACAAAUCUUGUUACGCCACUGCCCAGAACGCAUAAUUUUCCGUUGAUUUUGUCGAGCUUUUCAAUUUGUCUACUUAGUAUCGGUAAGAGAGAAAUAAAAUUUGUUGAUGUUGGACGUAAAGCAAGUUUCGGCAGACAAGAGAUAUUAUCGUUAGGGAGAUAUGUUGUUGCUCGACUGCGUGGAAUAUAAAGUUACAUCAGUGAACUUUCUAUUAAACGCUAUGGAAGAAGAGAGUAGCGGUCACGCUCGGCUGCAAAGACAAUCCCGUGCGAAAACUGGCCCUGUACUAUUCAAGUUCUUCAAGAACUCAAGUUAUACAUACAGACUGUUAACUCGCUUUUACAUAGCGCUUACGUAAUUAUUGGGGACCAUGUCGAGCAUCGUCUCCUUGUAUAUCAGCAUACCUUAGAACCUCGUUUUCAUUACACGAACGAACACAUGCAUUUCUUCGCGUCCUCUCUUUCGGUUUAGUCUAUUUUCAAGGGAUACGCGAUGCGUGGUUCAACCCCUUUUUCUCGCGUCGUUCUUCUUCGUUUGCGUCCCUCUAAUGUCCCCUGCUAUGUUUCGUCCCCUCUCUAUACGACGAACGAAAAGCAAGCAGCAAACAAGAGACGUCGUGCUUUUUGCGUGACGUUCGCUCUUUCCUCCCAACCCCAAUUUAAACAUGUGUCCGGGAUCGAAAGUAUAGGUUUAGAGAAAAUUUAAAAAAAAGU